AUGUUCUUCUCCAUACUGUACUAUCUCCUAACCUGCCUAACCCCCCUGUGCGCAGCGCACCAUGCGACGAACCGCACCAUCUCCCCAGAGCUCUUCACCUCCCUCUCCGAGCUCGCGCGCAUCGUCGACAUCACCUACUGCGUCGGCGACGCAGGCACAGGGAUCCACAAACCGUUCGAAUGCCUGAGCCACUGCAGCGACCUGGACGGCUUUGAACUCAUCACCACCUGGAACACAGGCCCCUUCCUCGCCGACUCAACCGGCUACAUCGCCUUCGCGCACAACCCCCCACAACGCAUCAUCGUCGCCUUCCGCGGCACCUACUCCCUCGCCAACACGGUCCUCGAUCUCUCCGCCUACCCGCAGCCAUACACACCAUACCACCCGGAAAACGACACAACCGACACCGGCAGCAGCGAAGCAUGCAACAACUGCACCGUACACACGGGCUUCCUCACCUCGUGGCACGCCGCCCGCCGCACAGUCCUCUACCACGUGUCGUCCGCGCGCGCGCGCUACCCGGACUACGAAGUCGAGGUCGUGGGCCACUCGCUCGGCGGGGCGGUGGCCGCGCUGGCGGGCACGGAGAUGGCACUGCGGGGGUGGAGGCCGCGGGUGACGACGUUUGGGGAGCCGAGGGUUGGGAACGCUGAUUUCUGUCGGUUUCUGGAUGGGGUUUUUGGGUUGGAUGGCAGCGGAGGCACAGGGGGGUGGGGGUUUCGCCGCGUGACGCAUGUGGAUGAUCCGGUGCCGUUGUUGCCUGCGGCCGAGUGGGGGUUUGCCAUGCAUGGCGGCGAGGUGUUUAUUUCUAGGCCUGGGACGGGGCCGGGUAUCGAGGAUGUGGUUUUUUGUGAGGGGGAUGCGGAUGUGAGGUGUAUUGCGGGGGCGGAGAGUGAGUCUGAGGGACGGUCUGGGGAACAGGGACAGGUGGUGUUGUCUGCCCGCGGCGGGCUCUGGGAUCUUGUUCCGGCCAAGUACCGGCUCUGGGAGCUGCUCUUUGCGCAUCGGGAUUAUUUUCUGCGGUUGGGGUUGUGUGUUCCUGGGGGAGAUCCUACUGGAUAG